AUGUCUGAUUUUGCUUCAAAAUUAAACCAAGCUAUUGUUAAAAAAGAUGGAGUUUUUAUUUCUAAACUACUAUCCAUUACGGAUUCUUCUCUCAAUGCCUUGGGAGAGUACACCAAUGAAGCGAUGGUAGACAAAACUAUUCGCAAAAAGAUUUUAGAUAAACAAUGGGGAGAGGUUGCAGUUUGUCAUUGGAAAGUUGCAGAACAGGUCGUGAAAUAUCAAAAUCUAAAAGAUGCAUAUGUUGCUCAAAACGCGCUUUUGGGAGCUGUAAACCGAGCAGCAGAAUCAACAGAUAAUUGGGUACUACCUGUGAUGUUUCUUGUAUCAAAGGAACUUCGACAACUUUCUAUUAUGGCUGAUUCUCAAAAUGAAGAUGAAAGUUCUUCAAAGGACCGUAACACUUCAUCAAUCAAAGAUUCGGUUAAUCUUGAGGAAGCGACACGCACUAUAAAUAGAUCAUCAAUGGCAACUAGCGUUCUGAAAGUUUUAAAAAGUAUGAGAAUAGAUUUACCAUCCUUGGAACAAUACCCUAAAAGUCACUCUACCACAUUUUCAUAUUACACGGGUGUAAUUUAUUUUGCUGAGGAAGACUACACAACUGCUCGAGAAUCUCUAUCUAAAGCUUUAACCCAAUGUUACAACUUCUCAAACCGUAAUAAGGAGUUGAUAUUAAUGUAUCUUAUUCCAGCACAAUUUCUCACUACACGCAAAACACCUAAUGCAGAAAUUUGGAAAAAAUAUCCUAUAUUGGAAUAUUUAUAUAAAGAUAUGUUUGAGGCUUUAUUACAAGGAAAUGUCAGUUUAUUCAAUAAGGUUAUGAUGGAACGUCGGUCGGUGUUAGUCAAAAAAUAUCUAUACCUUGCAAUUGAGCGUAUUCAGGCUCUUGUAUACACAAGACUUUUUAAAAAGCUUUGA